ACACGAGAAAGAAGAGAGAAAGAAAAGGACUACUAGAAGAAGCCUAAACGAAAGAGAUGUGAUAGAGAAUCAGAAUCCAAUUUAUGACCUUUUCAGAAAGAUCUCGUAGACCCUAAACUUAUCUCAAAUUAGGGUUUUCAUCUCCUUUCCUGCAACUUUCACUUAGUUUUUUUCUCCAGCUUUAAGAGAAGUAAAAAGCCCCCCAAAAAAUCUUCAAAUCAAAUCACCAAUUCUCAGGCUAAGGUUAUUUAUUCUGUUUAUUUCGACAUGGGGUCAGAUGAAGCUGAAACGAACAACGAGAGAACUCAUGAUACACAGUCUAUUUGUUUGCAUGCGUUUUCGGAUUUGUCACGUAUCUCUCCACCAAUGUUUGUGGCUCUUUUGAAGGCGUGUUAUGUUCGUGGUACUGAAAAGGCUACAAAGAAAUUCCAAGUUCUUCAGCAACAGGUUCAUCUAGUACUUCAGAAUUCUCCUCAGCCUGGACCUGCUACUUUUGUUUUGCAAUGCCUCUAUGUCUUUCCUGUUCUUGGACCUUUGUACACCGAAGGCUUCAGUCACUUAAUCAUAUCAUCUCUUCGUCGUCUUCUAAAAACCAUCCCAGCAGAGUCUGAAGCAAAGAAACUGGCUGCAAAAAUAUUUUUGGACGUCACUAGUGGCCUUGUCAACCAUGAAGAGAGAGUUCUCAUAAAGCUGCUUGAAGUUGUUGACGUCAAAUUAGAAAACAUCGCGGAAGCCAUGUGUGAUCUGGAGGUGUAUGAUGGUAAUUUGGACAAAGCAAAGGCGUACAUGGGACCAUAUAUUUUUAAAUUGGUAGAAUCUCAAUCGUUUAUGCUGGCUGUAACUCUUCUGGAGCGUUUUUCAAUACGUCAGUCUGGAGAGGAGUUUCUAAUGAGGAUGAUCGAAGAAAACCAAUUCAAGGCAGCAGAAAAGUGGGCAACAUACAUGGGGAAGCCCUUGCUAGUUAUACUGAUCAAUAAAUAUCUUGACUUGAAGUUGUUAAAGAAUGCUUAUGAACUUAUAAAGAAGAACGACCUUAAGCAGGAUUUCCCAGAAGUGCAUCUUAUGUACAAAGAGAGUCAACUGAAGAAGUUUGCAGAAAAAGGACUGUGGGAUAUCGCUGAGUCAAGGGUUAACAAUAAUAGACAAUUACUCGAGUACCUGGUAUAUUUGGCAAUGGAAGCAGGCUAUUCAGAGAAGGUUGAUGAAUUAUGCGAGCGAUACGCCCUUGAUGGUUUUGCCAAAUCUCAAGAACCUCAAGCAAAACCUACAGUUACCCGUUUCUUACAUCUCAAGGAGCUGAUUGUAGAAGAUAUUAAAUGGGUUGAUGAAGCUGAUGGUCUUCUUAGUGCUACAUCAUAUAUCGAAGAAUGUAAAGUUAUAGGUGUAGACUGUGAAUGGAAGCCAAAUUAUGUAAAAGGAAGCAAACCCAACAAGGUCUCCAUCAUGCAGAUUGCUUCAGAAAAAACAGUAUGCAUCUUAGAUCUGAUAAAGUUAUCUAAAGAUGAACCUGAUAUGUUAGACAACUGUCUAAAGCGUAUUCUGCAUUCUUCUAGCAUUCUGAAGCUUGGCUAUAAUCUGCAAUGUGAUUUAAAGCAGCUUUCGCAAUCUUAUGGAGAGCUGGAGUGUUUCAAGCACUUUGAAAUGCUACUAGAUAUUCAAAAUGUGUUCAAAGAACCUCGAGGUGGUUUGUCAGGGCUUGCCAAGAAAAUAAUGGGAGCCAGUUUGAACAAGACGAGGAGGAACAGCAACUGGGAGCAACGACCAUUGACUCAGCAACAAAUGGAAUAUGCUGCACUUGAUGCAGUUGUACUCAUUCACAUAUUCUACCACAUUCAAAAUCAACCUCAGGCUGCGAGUGCCAACAGUGGACAACCCAAUAUGGAAUGGAAAUCGAACAUUGUUUCACACAUCGUAGACACAAAAAAGUCCAAGGCCAAGAAGACACCCAAACCCAAAAGUACAAAGGAAGUUCGUCCCAUGACUAACCCUCUGUCCAACUAAUGCCGGGCCACAGGUUCAGCCCACUCUUUGCUGCCAGUCGCACAUUACCAUGUAUAUUUUCAUUUAGGUAAACAGUUGUUAACCACAUGCUUCUCCUUUUGCUGAAAAUUGAAGCAUCCCCACUAAUUUUCUCAAACAUCAUGUAUAUAUAUGACAAACUGGAGCAACCAUUUCCAGUUUCUUUGAUCGACUCAUUACUACUUUUGAACUCUUUUCUUAUCAAACUAAUUUCACGUCACCGACACAUCUGAAACUCUAUCCGUGAAGUUUAUCAAUUUUAAAUUCCUUCA